UAAAAAAAGGAUCCAUGGAAACCAGCAACAACCUUUUCACGCAUUUUACAAGACUGCACUUUCUAAAGGAAAACACGCUGAUGAUGUAGUUGCUCGUGUGUGUGUGUGCCAUCUCCACAUCAUUCAUGCUCUCCCCCUUGCAGGCCUAAGUCUUUGUAUUGAGUAUAAAAGCCUCCGCUAAUGACAUCUGCGGCUUUAUUACUUUACCGCCCGGGCUAGUUGGGCGUCAACAGAAGCGGUUGGAACUCGGCGAGAGGACAACAGAAGAGGGAGAAAUGUUUGUCACGGUCCUAUUUGGAGAGAGCAAAAUGGAACUGUUUAAUAUCAACUGCCAGCUAAUUCACUUUGUCCACAAUUUGAAAGAGCGCUGCGGUGUGGAUAUGAAAGAUUGUGUGGACCUAAUGAACCGCAGCGGGGCAGUAGUCAACCUGGAAAGCAAACCGCUCAGUCUGGAGCUGGCAAGCAGCCUGCUGGCAGAGAGACAACACUAUGUCCUCGUGCAAGUUUGUCGAAACGAUGACGACGGAAGUCUGAAGUACGUGUCCCUCCUACAAAGUGUCAGCCCGUGCCAUCAAGAAGUGAAAGAGCUCCUGAGAAGACUGUGCAACCCUGGCCUGGAUGGAGACAAGAAAGUCAACGGCCUCAGGAGAGCACGCACUCAAAAGAGGGUUUCCACCAGUCAGAACUGAAGCAAAAAUGUCUGGAAUAUAAAGGAAAAGUCUUAGUUUACAUGCAGUAUCUAUGGAAGAUGAAUAUUCAACAUGUAGUAAGCAUGGUAGAGCAUAGGGCUCGAGCAGAGUAUAGCAUAUGAAGUGUUUGCGUAAGAAGAGAGGUUGUAUGAUCACAGAUGUUAGGAGUGUCAUUAAAAGUCAAAUGUCAAACCUGUUCUUGCUCCU